AUGAACCAAGACGGACCUUUCGGACCCGUUGUGAACGGGACUCAGAUUGUGUUCUUUGAGUACCUACCCAACAAGCCUGCCGCAAUCUCUUUCGUCGCCCUAUUUGGUCUUGUCACAAUAGCCCAUUUGAUAUUCAUCUUCAUUUAUCGAGCUUGGUUCUUUAUCCCCUUCAUUCUCGGUGGCAUAUGCGAGAUCUUUGGUUACUUCGGGCGAGCCCAAGCCCACGAUGACCCUGCUGAAGCUGGUCCGUUCAUUCUACAAAACGUCCUCCUCCUCGCCGGAACACCCUUCCUCGCUGCGACUAUCUACAUGAGCCUUCGACGAGUUGCUGCGGCACUGGAGUCUGAGCACCUCUCAUUCCUUAGUCUUCGCUGGUUAACGAAACUAUAUGUUCUUAUCGAUAUCGGAUGUAUUGUCAGUCAAUUCAUCGGUGCUAUUAUACCUGCUUCGGGAGAUCCCGACGCAAUUGUCAAGGGCCGCAUCAUCCUCAUCGCAGGCUUGGUAGUACAGCUGGUCGCGUUGAGUAUUUUUAUCAUAACAUCGGCGUAUCUCUACAUCCGAAUAAGAAACGAGACAGGCCCUUUCUUGGACUCUUCGUUUGUCCGGUGGAGACGAUACUUCAGAACGAUCGAGGCUGUCACUGGAGUCAUGAUUGUACGAAGUGUUGUUCGAGCAGUCGAGUAUUUGCAGGGACAAGAUGGAUUCGUGAUUUCUCAUGAGAUCUUCAUAUACUUGUUCGAUGCUUUGCUUAUGUUUCUGGUUAUGUUGUUUUUCUUGGUCGUCCAUCCAGGCCGUCUGGUCAAACAAAGGUUAGACACGGAAAAACGGCCGAAACAGAGUGAGCAUAUUCGACUGACGGAAUACCCCACAAGUCUAGAUCAAUAG